AUGGAAUUAGUAGCUUUUGUUGAAGAAGUAGGCUUUCUUGUAGAUGAUGAUCAUGAAGAUUUUUCAGAUGAAGAGGAAAUUGAUGAUUCAGAUGAAUCAGGGGAUGACGAUGAUGAUGAAUCAGGGGAUGACGAUGAUGAGUAUGACGAAUCGAUAUUUGAACGUAUAAUAGCAUUACGAGAUAUAAUACCUGCGGAGACGCGUGAAUCUAUCUCGAAUAAUAUUUCAACGGUUUUGCGUUUUGGAGCCAGAAGUGCAAAAUUUUUAGGAAAUACAUUUUGGGUGGUAACAACAUCGGCAUUGCUUUUAAUCAUGCCUUUAGCAUUUGAGAUCGAACGUGAAAAUUUCCUUACUCAAAUGGAAGCUGAUCAGGUAAUAUAA